UAUAUAUACCUCUCGUUAAGCAAUAGCAUUCAACAACCUCAAACUUCAUUUCUUUCUCUUAAACAAAUUGUUCUUCCAUUUCAAAGACCACUACUUGUCAGAAAUGGCUUUUCGCUCACCAAUUUUUGUUCAAGCAAAGCAGGCAAUUCGCCGAGCACUGUCCACUCCAAUGUCCUCAGAUGUCCCCAAAGGAUAUCUUGCAGUAUAUGCCGGAGAGACAGAGAGGAAGCGCUGCAUAGUUCCAAUUGCAUACUUGAAGCAUCCUUUUUUCCAGUGUUUGCUAAGCAAGGCAGAAGAAGAGUUUGGGUUUGAUCACCAAAUGGGUGGUCUUACAAUUCCCUGCACAGAAGAAGAUUUCAUUGAUAUCACCAGCAGCUUGAAAUGCUAAUGCACUACAAGGAGAAGACAUAAAAUAGAGUUCUAAUCCAACUAACUGAA